ACUGCCGCUCCUCUCUUGCUGGUGGUAGGCGUAGUUAGUGUGAAUUUUACUGACCGCGGAGUGGAUUUUCUGGAGCUUCUAGUGAGAUUCCAUUGGCUGCGGCCUGUGGGUGGAUGUGAGAAGAGCGGUGGUGAUCACGUUUGGGUGGCGGCGGCGCUUCUGACGUUUUGGGGGCGAAGCUUGGUCUGUACUCUCAUGAUGUACCAUGCUAAGAAGUUUUCUGUGCCCUUUGCACCACAGAGGGCUCAGAAUAGUGAGCAUGUAAGUAACAUUGGAGCUUUCGGUGGAUCCAACAUAAGCAACCCUGCUAAUCCUGUAGGGAGUGGCAAACAACGUCUAAGAUGGACCUCUGAUCUCCAUAGUCGUUUUGUGGAUGCAAUCGCCCAACUUGGUGGACCAGAUAGAGCAACACCUAAAGGAGUACUGACUGUAAUGGGUGUACCGGGGAUUACAAUAUAUCACGUGAAGAGCCAUUUGCAGAAGUAUCGCCUUGCAAAGUACAUACCAGAAUCUCCUGCUGAAGUGGCAGCUGGUGUAGGUUCCAAGGACGAAAAGAAGGAUUCUAGUGAUUCAUUCUCUAAUGCAGAUUCUGCACCGGGUUCACAAAUCAAUGAAGCAUUGAAGAUGCAAAUGGAAGUUCAGAAGCGGCUCCAUGAACAACUCGAGGUUCAAAAGCAGUUGCAGCUGAGAAUCGAAGCACAAGGGAAGUACUUGCAGAUGAUCAUAGAGGAGCAGCAAAAGCUUGGUGGCUCACUUGAAGGUUCUGAGGAGAGGAAGCUUUCACAUUCACCACCUACCUUAGAUGACUACCCUGACAGCAUACAGCCUUCUCCGAAGAAACCACGGUUGGAUGAUCUGUCAACAGAUGCGGUCCGGGGUGUUACACAGCCAGGGUUUGAAUCCCAUCUUAUUGGCCCAUGGGAUCAAGAACUCUGUCCGAAGACCAACAUAUGCGAUCCUGCAUUCCAAGUGGAUGAGUUUAAGGCAAACCCUGGUUUGAGCAAGUCAUAAAGCAAAGCCUUCCUUACAAAGGAAACACUUCUGAGCUAUUAACCUCCACGGAUGGCCGAUCGCAUGUGAAUAUAUAUCGUCUUAACAACAGAAUGAGCGCUGUUUGGACCUUCAGAUCUGCCCCAACCCCUUCAGUCACGACUAAGUGUUGUUGUCGUUGUCGUAUUUCGCCAUACAGAUCUUUGUAAUUAUGAGGGUGUUUCUAAAGUCCCCAGUUAGCAAUCCCCUUCUUUUGAAGGAUAAUCCUCAACUGAAACAUGUAGCAAGAAACAGAGCACGCUUACACGCAAUACCAAGGCCCUAAAGCUACAUGAAAGCUAUCUGGUAGUUGUACAUUUCUGUUCAGUUCAGUCAUUGAAUCUGCUUACCUUA